ACUACGACUUUACCACAGUGCGUUGGGCCUAAGCCGGAGGACAAUUUCGAAGUCGCGUGCACAAGACUCACCACUACGCUCAAUAACAGGUCGGAAGAUAUACAGUUUUAUUUGAGUAUAGCAGUAUAG